AUGGGCAAUCAGCAAGUCAGGCAGAGGGCUUUGGCCAGCCGGGGAUCAGGUGUCGCUUUGCCGAGCGCCCCACUGCCAGCCCCUUCGCAAACAGGGGACGCUGCGCUGACGAUUGCAGACUCCGAGAAAGACGAUCGCAUCCCUGUCGUCUUCACUUGGACACACGGCGGUCAGAAUGUCUUCCUCGCGGCCUCCUUCAAUGGCUGGCGCGACCAGAUGCCCAUGGUCCGCUCCGGGCAGGAGUUCUCGGUGGUCCAGGAGCUCCCACGAGGUGUGCACCAGUACAAGUUCAUUGUGGAUGAUCAGUGGCGCUUUGCACCGGAUCAACCCAGAAUGCAAGAUAGUCAAGGCAACAUGAACAAUGUGCUCGACAUCUCUGCGUAUCAGCGAUUUCAGGUGUCCUUGGAGGAAAAGGAAGCUCCAAUGAAAUAUGGACAGAUGAUUCCGGAUCCCAACGACUACACGUUGGACGCGCCAGUCGUGCCGAUGGUGCUGGGGAAGAGCACCUACGCUGCGAUCCCCACACGGUUGGCACCUGGCCAGGGCCCGAUGAACAUUCCGACGCACUGCCUCUGUGAUCACAUCUACUUGCGCGAGCGGAGCGACGAUGCGCCCUUUGUGGUUGCAGUGACGCACCGCUACGGCCAGAAAUACUCUACAACUGUCUACGUCGCUCGAAGUAGCUUUGGAGACUCUGAAAGGGCCCAGGCGACUGCUGGCUUCAACCCUUUGAAAGCAGCCAUUCGCCGAACCGCGAAAUGCAGUUUCUGA